CUACACAGCCUAGACGACAUGAUGAAGGCAACCGAGAAGCGCCUCUACCUCACUCGGCACGCGCAGGCGGAGCACAAUGUAGCGAGCGACUACAGCAUCCCCGAUGCGCCAUUGACACAGCUCGGCCGCCAACAGUCCGAGGAGCUGUACAAGGCGACGAAGGAUAACAUUCAAAAAACCGCGGAGCUACUAGUGUCAAGCGCGUUGCGGCGGCCACUAUCUACGAUGGUUAUCGGCUACAAGGAUCUGCGGAAGAGGCUUGAAGCAGAGGGAAAGAAAGUCAUCGUGCUGCCACAGCUUCAAGAGUGCAACGACCUUCCUUGUGACACGGGCUCGUCUCGCGAAGUCCUUGAGGCCGAUCCCGAGUACGCUGGGCUUGACUUCAACGAACUGUCGCCCGAGUGGACGUCUAAGCAGGGCUUCUACGCCUGUACCGUCCCUGCGCUGCAGGCACGCGCGCGCUGGAUUCGCUGCUGGUUACGAUCACGUCCUGAGCGCGAGAUCGUCGUCGUUGCACACGGAGAUUGUCUCCGGUAUGUGACUGAUGGGUACAACUCGGGCGCGCUCUGGGCGAAUGCCGAGGUGCGCGAAUACACGUUUGAGAAAAACGAGGAUGAAGAUGUGCGCGACGAGGCAUGGCUCGCGCCGGUGAAGGAGAUUGCGAAGGAAGGUACCGAGGAGCGCACAUCGUCAGAGGUGAAAGAGAGCAAGCAACACGGCGAGACUUAGCUUAAGCUACAAUGUAAUGGCACACGUAGCCCAUGUGUAUGCAAAUUUGAAGACUCCAUAUAGAAAA